UCCCCGAGCAAAGUAACUCUGGACUACCCUAAGCAGGCUCUGCCGAGCAUGGAGAGCGGCGGCCGCGGCUGGCGGGCGACGCUGGAGACGCUUUCGCCCGCGAGGUAGUUGGCCGACGUUGAGCGAGGACGAAAGUGCUGGCGGGUGGCCGCGGCGUCCCCGCGAGCCCCCCACGAGGCCGGGCGGGCGGCUGGCUGUCGGAUUUCGCCGCGAUUCCCCCGGAGGCUCUUUGCAAAGCUGCUUGAAACUUCUCCCAAACUCGCCAUGGAUGUGGCGGCGGCGGCGCUGCCUGCUUUUGUGGCGCUCUGGCUCCUGUCCCCGUGGCCUCUCCUGGGGUCGGUCCAAGGCCAGUUCUCAGCAGGUGGCUGCACUUUUGAUGAUGGGCCAGGGGCCUGCGACUACCACCAGGAUUUAUACGAUGACUUUGAGUGGGUCCAUGUCAGUGCGCAGGAACCCCAUUACCUGCCCCCCGAAAUGCCUCAAGGUUCCUAUAUGGUUGUGGACUCCUCAAAUCAUGAUCCUGGAGAGAAAGCCCGCCUGCAGCUGCCUACAAUGAAGGAGAAUGACACUCACUGUAUUGAUUUCAGCUACCUGUUGUACAGCCAGAAGGGCUUGAACCCGGGCACUUUGAACAUCCUGGUUAGGGUGAAUAAAGGACCUCUCGCUAAUCCAAUUUGGAACGUGACUGGAUUCACUGGUCGUGAUUGGCUUCGGGCUGAGCUGGCUGUGAGCACCUUUUGGCCUAAUGAAUACCAGGUAAUAUUUGAAGCUGAAGUCUCAGGAGGGAGAAGUGGUUAUAUUGCCAUCGACGACAUCCAAGUCUUGAGUUAUCCUUGCGAUAAGUCUCCUCAUUUCCUCCGCCUGGGUGAUGUGGAGGUCAAUGCAGGGCAGAAUGCUACAUUUCAGUGCAUUGCUACAGGGAGAGAUGCUGUACAUAAUAAGUUAUGGCUGCAGAGACGCAAUGGAGAAGACAUACCUGUAGCCCAGACCAAGAACAUCAAUCACAGAAGAUUUGCUGCCUCUUUCAGAUUGCAAGAAGUGACAAAAACCGACCAGGAUUUGUACCGCUGCGUAACUCAGUCAGAACGAGGUUCCGGGGUUUCCAAUUUUGCCCAGCUUAUUGUGAGAGAACCACCUAGACCCAUCGCUCCUCCCCAGCUGCUUGGUGUUGGGCCCACUUACUUGCUGAUCCAACUAAAUGCCAACUCUAUUAUUGGCGAUGGUCCCAUCAUCCUGAAAGAAGUCGAGUAUCGAAUGACGUCAGGAUCUUGGACGGAAACCCAUGCCGUCAAUGCUCCAACAUACAAGUUAUGGCAUUUAGAUCCAGAUACAGAAUACGAGAUUCGCGUCCUGCUCACCAGACCUGGAGAAGGGGGAACUGGACUCCCAGGACCACCACUAAUCACCAGAACCAAGUGUGCAGAACCCAUGCGGACGCCAAAGACUUUGAAGAUUGCUGAAAUCCAGGCAAGGCGCAUCGCUGUGGACUGGGAGUCCUUGGGCUACAACAUCACGCGCUGCCACACUUUCAACGUCACCAUUUGCUACCAUUACUUCCGAGGCCACAAUGAGAGCAGGGCCGACUGCUUGGACAUGGACCCCAAAGCCCCUCAACACGUUGUAAACCAUCUGCCACCUUACACAAAUGUCAGCCUCAAGAUGAUCCUAACCAACCCAGAGGGGAGGAAGGAGAGCGAAGAGACAAUCAUCCAGACUGAUGAGGAUGUGCCCGGGCCUGUGCCAGUCAAAUCCCUCCAAGGAACAUCCUUUGAAAACAAGAUCUUCCUGAACUGGAAAGAGCCAUUGGAACCAAAUGGAAUUAUCACUCAGUAUGAGGUGAGCUAUAGCAGCAUAAGGUCAUUUGACCCUGCUGUCCCAGUGGCUGGGCCCCCGCAGACGGUAUCCAAUCUGUGGAACAGCACACACCAUGUGUUUAUGCAUCUUCACCCUGGGACCACCUACCAGUUCUUCAUAAGAGCCAGCACCGUCAAAGGCUUCGGGCCAGCCACAGCCAUCAACGUGACCACAAAUAUCUCAGCCCCAAGCUUACCUGACUAUGAAGGCGUUGAUGCCUCUCUGAAUGAAACUGCCACCACCAUCACUGUACUGCUGAGACCUGCACAAGCCAAAGGUGCCCCAAUCAGUGCUUAUCAAAUUGUGGUGGAGCAGCUACACCCACAUCGGACCAAGCGUGAAGCCGGGACCAUGGAAUGCUACCGGGUACCGGUUACGUACCAGAACUCCCUGAGUGGGGGCGCACCCUAUUACUUUGCUGCAGAACUCCCCCCUGGGAAUCUUCCUGAGCCAGCUCCCUUCACCGUGGGCGACAACCGGACCUAUAAAGGCUUCUGGAACCCUCCCCUGGCUCCCCGCAAAGGAUACAACAUCUAUUUCCAAGCGAUGAGCAGCGUGGAGAAGGAAACUAAAACCCAGUGUGUGCGAAUUGCUACAAAAGCAGCAGCAACAGAAGAACCGGAAGUGAUCCCAGACCCGGCGAAGCAGACAGACAGGGUGGUGAAAAUCGCGGGCAUCAGUGCUGGCGUCUUAGUGUUCAUUCUUCUCCUCCUGGUUGUCAUAGUGAUUGUGAAAAAGAGAUAUAUAUGUUGGAGAAGACACAUCUGCAUUAGAAACAUUAGGAGGAGCUACUAUUCUUACUCCUACUACCUCAAGCUAGCUAAGAAGCGCAAAGAUGCGAUGGGGAACACACGUCAGGAGAUGACCCACAUGGUGAAUGCUAUGGACCGGAGUUACGCUGAUCAGAGCACCCUGCAUGCAGAAGACCCCCUUUCCCUCACCUUCAUGGACCAACAUAACUUCAGUCCGAGAUUGCCCAAUGACCCACUUGUGCCGACUGCUGUGUUAGUCCCGAUAACCGAUGAAAACCACAGUGCCACAGCAGAGUCUAGUCGUCUCCUCGAUGUCCCUCGAUACCUCUGUGAAGGGACAGAGUCCCCUUACCAGACAGGACAGCUGCACCCAGCCAUCAGGGUGGCCGACUUACUACAGCACAUCAACCUCAUGAAGACAUCCGACAGCUAUGGGUUCAAAGAGGAGUAUGAGAGCUUCUUUGAAGGCCAGUCAGCCUCUUGGGACGUGGCUAAAAAGGACCAAAACAGAGCAAAGAACCGAUACGGAAACAUUAUCGCAUACGAUCACUCCAGAGUCAUCUUGCAGCCCGUGGAGGACGAUCCUUCUUCAGAUUACAUUAAUGCCAACUACAUCGAUAUUUGGCUGUACAGGGAUGGCUACCAGAGACCAAGCCACUACAUUGCAACUCAAGGACCAGUUCAUGAAACCGUGUAUGAUUUUUGGAGAAUGGUAUGGCAGGAGCAGUCAGCCUGUAUCGUGAUGGUCACUAAUUUAGUGGAAGUUGGUCGGGUGAAAUGCUAUAAAUAUUGGCCUGAUGAUACCGAGGUUUACGGUGACUUCAAAGUCACCUGCGUAGAAAUGGAACCACUUGCUGAAUACGUAGUUAGGACAUUCACCUUGGAGAGGAGGGGCUAUAACGAAAUCCGUGAAGUCAAACAGUUCCACUUCACUGGCUGGCCCGACCACGGUGUCCCCUACCACGCCACAGGGCUGCUGUCCUUUAUCCGAAGAGUCAAGCUGUCUAACCCUCCCAGCGCUGGGCCCAUUGUCGUACACUGCAGUGCGGGUGCUGGGCGCACAGGCUGUUACAUUGUUAUUGACAUCAUGCUGGACAUGGCUGAAAGAGAGGGUGUGGUCGACAUCUACAACUGUGUGAAAGCCUUACGAUCUCGCCGCAUCAAUAUGGUCCAGACAGAGGAGCAGUACAUUUUUAUUCAUGAUGCCAUUUUAGAAGCCUGCUUAUGUGGAGAAACUGCCAUCCCUGUGUGCGAAUUUAAAGCUGCAUAUUUUGAUAUGAUUCGAAUAGACUCUCAGACUAACUCCUCUCAUCUCAAAGACGAAUUUCAGACUCUGAAUUCGGUCACCCCUCGACUACAAGCUGAAGACUGCAGCAUAGCAUGCCUGCCAAGGAACCACGACAAGAACCGUUUCAUGGACAUGCUCCCACCUGACAGAUGUCUGCCUUUCUUAAUUACAAUUGAUGGGGAGAGCAGUAACUACAUCAAUGCUGCUCUUAUGGAUAGCUAUAGGCAACCGGCAGCUUUCAUCGUCACACAAUACCCGCUGCCGAACACUGUGAAAGACUUCUGGAGAUUAGUAUACGAUUACGGCUGUACCUCCAUUGUGAUGUUAAAUGAAGUGGACUUGUCCCAGGGCUGUCCACAGUACUGGCCAGAGGAAGGGAUGCUGCGAUAUGGCCCUAUCCAAGUGGAAUGCAUGUCUUGUUCAAUGGACUGUGACGUGAUCAAUCGGAUUUUUAGGAUAUGCAACCUAACUAGACCACAAGAAGGCUAUCUGAUGGUACAGCAGUUCCAGUACCUAGGCUGGGCUUCUCAUCGAGAAGUGCCUGGCUCCAAACGCUCGUUUUUGAAACUGAUACUGCAGGUGGAAAAAUGGCAGGAAGAAUGUGAAGAAGGAGAAGGCCGGACGAUCAUCCACUGCUUGAAUGGCGGUGGGCGCAGUGGCAUGUUCUGUGCAAUAGGCAUUGUCGUGGAGAUGGUGAAGCGGCAAAAUGUGGUGGAUGUUUUCCAUGCAGUAAAGACCCUGAGGAACAGCAAGCCAAACAUGGUGGAAGCUCCGGAGCAGUAUCGUUUCUGCUAUGACGUGGCUUUGGAGUACCUGGAGUCCUCAUAGUUCGGUGAUACUUUGCAGAACAUCACGUGGAGAUCCGUCUGUUGAGCCAGCAGCUGUUGCACCUGUUCCACCUGCACCGAGAGAUUUUAAUGUGGGGGGGUGGGAGGCUUUUACAUUGGAGAGGCAAACGUAUUUUUCUUAUAAAGUUGUGUAUCUUAAUAAAAACGGACUCGAUCAGUUUCUGUUACCGUAUGAGAGCAUCCACAUUUCGUGCCACCCAGAUUAUCUUCAGUCAGACGCAGAUUCCACUGAGAAGGGAUCCGCGUCUGUCCGGUGACCAUGCAGCCUUUUCUCUCCUGCUUUCCAUAGAGCAGCUACUAUACAUUGCAUGCACUUUGUAAGUGGCGUCCCCCUCUCUUUCUAAAAUGAAAGCUGCAGGACCUUAAGAGUGGGGAAGAAAACAAACUGUGGGAAGUCAUGGUAAAUUUCAUUUUUAUAUGUUCCAAGUGUAGCAGAGUUCUAUAUUAAUGUAUAAAUAUAAAUAUAUAUAUAUUAAAAAAACUGGCUUAUUUUCUUUUAAUGUGCAAUGAUGGCUGGAUCAUUUCAAGUUCUUUUUAGAAAAUAUCAUAAGCCAAAGACUCAAGUGUACAUAUGUCUAUAUGGAAGAAACACAUUAUAUUUAUUGGUUACUUACACUACUUUUUCGAUGGCUAAAAGACUACUGCCACACAAUCUUUUUUUUUUCGUUUGUUUCAGGAGAGUUUUCUUUAGCUAAAAUCAAUGGUAAACAAUUUUUGUAGAUUAUUUUUUGUAUGUCUAGUGUAAGUAGAGAGCAAACUUUCUAUUCAUAAACCAGGAAGCAAUGUUCUCUGUAGUGGUUCCCUUGUGUACGUGCCUGUGAAUUAAAUUUAUGUACAACAUCUUGGCAGUUGUCUUUGAAUAGAGGACCAAGUGAAAACGUUGUGCCGAAAAUGUAGCUCUCCCCCAGUUUCAUUAGGUAAAUGAUGGCUCGAUGGCUGCAUAGGCCAAGUCUGCACAGAGGAAAACACUGCUGCUAGCGUGCCCGAUGUGGAAUAUCACCUUUAAGCAUUGCUUAAACUUUAAAAGAGUCUCGGCCUGACACUGUCGGGAACAGCGGAUGGCGGCAUCGCCACUUGCAGGGUCAGGUUUUAGCAAAGUAUAAACUUUCCAGGUAACACGGUGUUCCUUUUGAUCUUCGCAAGCACAAGCUUUGGGUUUCUACAACAGACAGACAGUGUGAACAGAUCGAUGCCUGGCUCCCAUUGCCUGCUUUUAUGAGAUUCCCCAGUGAAUCUUCCUAAGUGUGGUUUCAUUUACGUGCCCCACAUAGCUGGAAUUUCCCAUCCUCAUUGGCUUGCAGUUUGUUAUCAGCUGAAGCGCUCCGGUGUCCUCUUUCUACGUUGCCUGUCUAUGACAUGGUGCUUAUAAAGAUUUAAUGAAAGCAAGAGUGAAAUAAAGUUUUUAUAAUUGUAA